AAAUCAUCAAUGCCCAAAGUAUCGACGUUUUCUUUCAUCUCAAAUAUUUAUCUAAAUGCAGAUGUGUUGCAGCUUGCACUAAAUUUAAAACAAAAUGGCACAGGUUUUGAUUGGUGAUGAAAAUUCCGGUCCUCGAGCUAACCAAAACGGCUUACCAAUAAAGCAAUCAAUCCAGAAACCCGUUUUGGGGCAACUGGAUAAUUUAAUGCAUUGCAAACCAGGAGCAACGCCAUUUAAAGCUGCUUUAAUAGAAUCAAAUGAUAGCGUUAGUUCAUCAAUGUGUAAUAACAGUUCUAUUAAACGUAAACAGACCUUUGAAAUUCCUCAACUGUCUAAGGAUUACUGCCAAUUUCCACAACUAGCAACUCCUAUCCAUGCAGAGGAGCAACACACAGAUACCGAUCCCUCUCUCUUUGAAUACAUGGACCUAGGGACUUGUUCGAAUUGCAACAAACCCAUUUCAGAAAUAUGGGCUGAGAACCAAUACUUAAGCGAUAAUGUUAUUGAUGCUAUAACCUGUUUUUCUAAAGAAGAUAACUAAUUUAAAGAAGAAAAAAAGUUACGUCCUUGGAGGGACUAGCUGUCAAUGAUGAAUAUGGUCCUACAAAUCCCCAACUGCGCACUACAGUUUUAAGUCCUUGCUCUUUUUAAGCAAUAUCCGAAUUUUUCUUUUUUCCCUUUAACAUUCGCGGAAUACAUAGAUAUAAAUUUAUUGUUUUAUUUCUAAUGUUUAAUGUUAACUAUCUUGAUAAAAAUAGAAUUUAUUUAUUGUAUUGCAUAUAUAUCAUUAAAUGUAUAUUUUAGCUGUA